AGACUGCUCCCUCGAGACGCCAAUGGGUGAGAAAGCAGAGGCGUUGCGGCGCGGGUUUUCAUUAGGGAGCCUGGAGCUGAAGGACGCCGAGAGUGGCGAGGUGUACUGGCAGUCGCAGUGGGAUGUCGAUCGGGUGUUUGAUGAGGAGCAGGUUGCGCGGGUGCCAGCGCGGCUGCUGGCGGCCAAAGCGGUGUCGCGCGAGAUUGUGUUCUCGUCUGUGGAGAUGAUGCAGGCCUUUCGGGUGGAGCAAGAAGUCUCGCUACACGGAUCGAUCAUCGAGGAGUUCCACUUUGAGUUUGGCUUUGUCAUCCCCAACUCGACAAACACGUGGUCGACAACGCUCGUCGCCGCAGACGCGGCAGACAUGCUCCCUGCUGACGUUCUCUCCGGCAAUGUUGUCAUCGAGACCCGCUUUUACGACGCGGAGCUUCUCAUCGCCACCUCGCUCGUCCGAGUCUUCUAUGAUGCCGAUUGAGACGAGAUGUGGCGACAAGGAAGGGUAGCUGCUUGGUGCAGCCCGAUGGAUGCGGCCUCAUGUAUGCAUGGCGUCUCGACGGCCAUGAAAAGCUAAAAAUCAAGCGGUGUG